CCAUCCCAAGCAAUCUAAUGUCACCAUUUGUAUGGUACCUGAGUCACUUCGAAAUCUCAACCCAACGGCUUAUACACCACGAAUCACCUCAAUAGGUCCACUACACAAAAAGGACAAACGUCUAAAAGCAAUCGACGAGCACAAAGUCACUUACAUGUAUCGACUAUUUUGUCGAACUGUGGAAUCCACGAAGAAGGAGAUGGAGCAAACAACUCAUAAAUGUGUACAAGCGGUUCUUGGGCUUGUAACACGUGCAAGAGCUUGCUAUGCACCAAAUCUCACAAACUAUGAUGAUUUCAAGUUGGCUGAAAUGAUGGUUAUUGAUGGUUGUUUCAUACUUGAACUUUUCUACAGGUUCCAAUUUGGAAUUGCAGAGGGAGAUCCAAUUUUUGACAACAUUCUGACGUUACAUGACGUUAGAUAUGACUUGCUGCUACUAGAGAAUCAAAUACCUCUAUUUAUCCUUGAAAUAUUGUUCCGUCUCACAGUGAAACGAAUCUUGAAGUCUACUUCAUUAACGGGCCUUAUCGUGUAUUUCUUCAAGGAUAUGAAUAUCUUAAACAACGUGGAACUUCCCACAAUGGAUGAAAAUGUAGAGCACUGUCAUAUCCUUGGGCUUCUACAAAGCUGCUACAGGCCUAGAGCUACAAAGAGGGGCCAGAUGCCAAACAUGUCAUAUUCUGCCACAGAAAUCGCUGGAGCGGGAGUCACGAUCAAGGCACACAGUGAUCAAAAUUGUCUGCUUGCAGUGAUAUUUAAACAAUCACCUCUUGUUCCUGGUUUGGGUAAUAGACUUGUUAGAGAAACCAGUUUCAAGAUUCCGGUAUUGUGCAUCAAGGACUCAACUCCAUCGUUCUUGAGAAAUCUCAUCGCCUAUGAACAGUGCUACCCGUUAAGUCGUCAUUAUGUUACAUCUUUCGCCUUUCUCAUGGACAGGCUUAUUGACACUAAAGAUGAUGUUUCAUUGCUUGUAAGGUCAAAAGUCCUCCAACACAAUCUGGGAGCGUGCGAAGAUGUCACAAAUAUCUUCAACAAUAUUUGUAAUGGUGUCGUUCUUAGGGAUUUUUAUUAUUGGGACGAAUGGAGACAGUUGGAUGACUACUGCACCCGUUUCUGGCCUAGCAUAUUAAUUUCACUGAGACGCCUUUAUAUAAGUACAACCUGGAAAACGUUGACAGUCAUUGCUGCUGUGAUCCUCUUUGGCCUAACAUUAAUCCAGACCAUUUAUACUGUUGGAAAUGCUUGAGAUCUUGGAGUCUGAAUUAAUUUGGCAGAAGGUGUUGAAUAUUGUUAUAUUGAUUUGCUUCCUGAUGUUACAUGU